UUUGGGAAGUACAUUUAAGUCUGACACACAGGUUAGGCGGUAACCAAAUGCUUCGAAGCAGCUCACAGGUACGGCUGUGAUGUUCAACAGGAUGCUCUCUGUCCUGUUGUUUGCGGCGGCUUGGGUUGCCUGCCUGGCAAAACCCAAUGAGUACUACUCAUACUCACCAGCCCUUGGAUCAGGUGGAGGAACUCCCUUCGUGACCUCAGGAGAAGGAAGCAUCACAGGCGUGAAAGUCUGGGAGCACCCUGGAAAUUACAUUACUGGUUUCCAGUUGCGUUACGGCACCAGGUGGGACCGAACUAUUGGUCGCGCUGUCCACGCCCCACUGAGAUUGGACUUAUUUGAAGGAGAGACAAUUACUCAGGUGUCUGGAAAAUACCACACAUCCAACUUCAUCUAUCAGUUGAUUUUUGGGACAAGCAGAGGGCGUUCUCUCAUCGUAGGCCAGCCAGUUCAGAAUUCCUUCAACUUUUACCCUGAGCAUGCGGAGGCGGAGCUUCGGAUUUUGAGUGGGCGGUUCAAUGGCAAUGGGAUCACAUCGCUGGGAGCCCAUUGGGGGUUAGCCCCGGAGGGUUAUGGAAAUAGUACUUCCUAACCAAAUGCUUAAGAGUACAUCUGACUUUUGAGUUCUGAAGAUUUCCUAUUAAGCAAUAUAACACAAUAAGCAUAAUCAGAUCUUUGUUUCUGUGGUGUGAUUGGAAUCAAAACCGGGAUGAGUUAUGAGGUAGGUGUGUUUAGACCUCUUCACUUAUGUUGGUAGUAAUGGUUGAGGCUUCAUUCCUAGGUUGCAAACUAAAUCCUAACUACUAGUAAUUGUAUCGCACUAGUCUCUAAAUUCAACUCAAGGCUUAUUAAAGGCACCCAGUGCAACUUUAUGUAAACAUUCAAUGAAAAAUAAACAUUCAAUUUCUAGUCUUUUUUACACGUAGUAAGUUUCAAUAACUGCAUACCAUUACAUAUCGACAUUCAAGGAGCAAAGAUGAGACGUCGCUGUGUGGUGAGAACUGAUAGAAAAUCGUAAACAACAACAAUCGCCGAUGGGGAGAAGCCAUUUUUCCAUUGACUGGAAGCCUGCUUUAUUUAUUGUAGGUUACAAAAAAUAAAGAAAAUGGCGGCAUUGUUGUUGUUAUCGAUUUUCUAUCAGUUCUCACCACACAACUUCGUCUCAUCUUUGCUGCUUGAAUGUCGGUAUGUAAUGGUAUGGAGUUAUUGAAACUUACUACGUGUAAAAAAGACUAGAAAUUGAAUGUUUAUUUUUAAGCCUCGAAAGUUGCACUGGGUGCCUUUAAAGUUACCAAAAGUUUGAUCAAAUAUUUUGUUGUCUUCAAGAAAUCCCGACGAUCGAAUCAUCGAGAUCAUUUUCCCAGAACAUAUUGUACACCUCCAAAUUAAAACCAUCGCUGUGCCUUCAGGGGUCAAUCCUUGAUACAUGUGAGAUCUGCCUCGACACUCUAUUCUUUUAAAUCAUGGCUCAAUUAAAUAUCCACAGAAGCUUGAGAUGUUAAAACUUCUAAGGAAUUGUUGCUGACCUUGGUUUUGUGUUAGUGUGUGUCUGGUGUUUUGUUUUCUCUGACGUCAUAUUAAAUGUCAUGUGUGGAAAAUCAAUAAAAAGAUAAUGGCAUUUCAAAAAUGUAAGGCUUAAAAGACUCAAAAGCACUGGAAACAAAUAAAUCCGACCUAUGACCUUUUGCUAAUAA